AUGGCCCGGUCCGAGAUCCUGGUGGCCGCCCUGGCCCUGGCCCUGCUGCUGGCAUCACACGGGCACGCGUGGUACAAGCCGGCGGCCGGGCUCAGCUACUACUCUGUGGGCCGCGCAGCAGGGCUACUGUCUGGCUUCCGCAGGUCCCCGUUCAUGCGACGUGCCCAGCUGCCCAGAGGGUUUGAAUCCCCUGGUAUUCGUCCCAGCCUGCAGGGCCUGGCCCUGUGCGUCCGGCAUGUGACUCCGAGCCUGCAGGGCUGCGCGCGACUCCCCGACAGCACCUUCCAGUGCAAAGCGGACGUCGUCCUGUCACUGCGCACCUCAGACUGCCAGCGUGCCUGA